AAUGCAGAGGCGGAAUCCCCACUUCGCGCGCAACCCCCAAAAAGCCGAUGAUGCUAGCAUCACCUUCCUCCGUUUCAGAUCUUCGCAGACAUUUUGCUCUGCAUAGAAAAUCUAGCUUCUUCCCUACUCGCGCCAGACUGGUCCCUCACGUUUCUAUCAUUCCUCGAUGCUCUUCGAGCGUGCAGGAAAUUCAGAAGUCCUCUAGCCCCUCCGAGGACAGGCAGUUGAGUUCGGAGCUCUAUGCUUCCGCUCCAUUCCCUCCUGUCAAGGUCGCCAAGAGAGUUGUGCUGGUCAGGCAUGGCCAGAGCACCUGGAAUGCCGAAGGUAGGAUCCAAGGCAGCUCCAAUUUCUCGGUGCUUACUAAGAAGGGUGAGGCUCAGGCCGAGACUUCGCGUCAAAUGCUUGUCGAUGAUAAGUUCGAUGUUUGUUUCGCCAGUCCUCUGGGGCGAUCAAAGAAAACGGCAGAAAUAAUCUGGGAAGCUCGCGAACCGCAGAUAAUUACAGAAUAUGAUUUGAGGGAAAUCGAUUUAUAUUCAUUUCAAGGCCUCUUAAAGCAUGAGGGGAAAGAAAGAUUUGGUCCAGUUUAUCGCCAAUGGCAAGUUGAUGCGGCAAAUUUCAACGUGGAUGGUCAUUAUCCGGUGAGAGAGCUAUGGGAUCGUGCCAGGGGCUGCUGGGCUAAAAUCUUAGCUCAUGAUAGCAGGUCCAUUCUUGUGGUUGCUCACAACGCUGUCAAUCAGGCUCUUGUUGCAACGGCAAUUGGUUUAGGGACUGAGUACUUCAGAAAUUUACUUCAGAGCAAUUGUGGUGUGAGUGUCCUUGAUUUCAUCCCAAGGUCCGAGGGUGGCUCUCCACAUAUUUGCCUCAAUCGAUUAAAUCAGACCCCUGGUUCGCCUGUUACUGGUGGGAAAUCUGGAGGUAGAAAGACAAAUAAGCAGAUAAUACUUGUUUGUCAUGGUUAUACACAAGGCAAUGCAGAGGAUGGUUUUCUUUUGGCUGGUGAUCAACAAUUGAACAUGCUUGGUGUUAUACAGUCCCAGAAAUCUGCAGAGCUACUUCUUGAUUUGAAAGUGAAUUCCAUAAUUAGGAGUCCUAACAAAGCCUGUAUCGGGACAGCAAAUGCCAUCUCCCAAGUGCAAGAAGCUGCUGAUUGCCUGGGUGCUGACUGUGUGCCACGCUAUGUUGAGAUGAAGCAGAUGGAGAACUUGGAUGUUGAAACAAUCUAUCAGCAAUCCAAGGAUAUAUCAAAUUUUGCGGCUAUUCACCCGGGCUGGUUAAAUAAGAUUGACGAUGGGGUGAGAACAGCGUUAUGGAAUCAGUCUGGAAAGGCAUGGCAAUCUCUGUUAGAGGAACUAUCGGAUGAACCAUCAUCUUCAGAAGUUGUGGUUGUAGUUGGCCAUCCCGCCAUCCACAUAGCACUCAUGGGGCACUGCUUAAAUGUGACAAAAGAAUGGUUGGGAUCAUUUCAUCUUGAUGCAGGGAGCGUUAGUGUCCUUGACUUCCCUGAUGGACCCAAAGGAAGAGGCACUAUCCGGUGCAUAAAUUAUACUGCCCAUUUGGGAAGAUGGUCCAUACCUAUCACGAGAUCAACAGAGGACAAUGAAGAGUUUUAACCAUGUAUUUUGAUUCCAAUAUUAGCUUGAACUGUAAAGUUUCCGAGAUUCAUGAUGGUUGAACUGUCAGAAUGUGAUCAGUUUCAUAGGUUUGCGUAGGAAACACUAAUAACUCGAUAUAGUGAGUUUCAGCUCACCUGUAAAUUUGAAUUUGAGAGCAUAAUAUCUAUAUUUUUAUGUAAAAAAUUUGCAUUAAUUAGUGCAAUUUAUCUAUUUCA